AUGCAAAAGUUUACAUCAGUUACUCAUAGAUCAUUUUCCCAUUCAUGUAUUAAUGCUAAAGCUGCAUGCUCGUUAAUCAAACCCGUUCAUCACUUAGUAAAGAUUGACAAAUCAAAGUUAUCCCCUAGGUUUCCAGAACUGAAAUACGAUAAAAGUGAUAUUAGGUCACCUGGAUUCAAACCAAAAGACACUCACGCAGACAGGCUCAAUGAUCAUUAUCUAAACACUCUACAAUCCGACCUUCUGUUGAUCAAUUAUUCGCACAAUGCGGCCGUAGAAAAAGGCCUUAAACAAAGAGCAUGGAGUGGGGAUUCGCCAUAUCACUUGAACAGACCACCUAAGAAUCCUCAGGGUUCUAAAGUCCAACUACCUGAUAUCCAUCCCAUCAAAUGGGGCAAUAUCCCUGGAUUAGAAAAUGUUGUGAUAAAUUGUUUUGUUAGAGAGGCAAGAGAAAACCAGUUGUUUGCUAUCACUGCAGCUCUUCAAUUACAACAAAUAACCGGAUGCAAACCCAAACCAAUUUUUUCUAAAAACGAUGUUCCUACCUGGAAACUAAGAAAGGGCCAUCAGAUGGGGGCCAAAGUUGAAUUGAAAGGUAAGGAAAUGUCACAGUUUUUAACGACAUUGACGGAAAUCGUUUUACCAAGAAUAAGAGAAUACAAAGGUAUUAGCAACCAAUCCGGGAAUAGAUUUGGUGGAAUAAGUUUUGGUUUGACCGCUGAAGAUAUCAAGUUUUUCCCUGAAAUUGAUGCGAACCAAGACUCAUGGCCAAAAACUUUUGGUAUGCAUAUAAACAUAAACACUUCUGCUCAAUUAGACUACCAGGCAAGAACUUUGUUAAGUGGAUUCCAGUUCCCAUUCUUCGGAGAUGAAAAAUAA